AAGAUGAAUCAUAAUGAGCAUAUUGAUCCUACUGCAACUGAUACAGUUCCACCAAAUUUCCAUCUGUCGCUGGGUGUUGACAAGCUCAAGAUGUUUGCUGGAAUACAACUUGGUAUUGGUAUUGCCUGUAUGAUUGUGUGUACCGUUGGACUAAUCACAAAUAUGAACAGAAAUGAUUCGUGUUGUUAUGAUUAUUCGUGCUCGGAUCAAUAUUCAUAUAAUUCCGAUUAUAGUCCGAACCGCAAAUGCAGAGGUCGUACAACAAUUAUGAUUUUAUAUGUGACCUGUUUAUGCCUUUCUCUCUGGUAUUUGUUAACAGGAAUGAUUCCACUUUGUAUGACAGACUCCCGGAAACCCAGAUGGAAAUGUUUGAAAAUAACGUUUUUGGUGUUCAGCAUUAUAUCUGCAGUAGUGUUUUCUCCGGCGAUGUUGAGUAUUGGACUUCUCAGUAUUUUUAUCGUCACUUUGGAAAACAACGGAGAUAUAUUAACAGUGUCAGCAAUCAUCGACGCAUGCGCCGUUAUAGAAAUGAUAGUAGCCAUUACGUCAGCCACAUAUUGUUGUUGCUGUUCACAAAUGUUACCAGGCAAUCAACAAGAUGUUGUCAUUUUCAACCCUAUACAAGAACGAGUAAUACAUGCCGUGACACAGUUCCAAGGACCACCUGUUAAUCAAUACGGUGUAUUAAUUCCACAAGGGUACCAGCAGCAACAUUUCACGCCGAACACACAUGUACAAAUAAUGACCCAGCAGUCUCCAGGUCAUGUGUUGCCGCCAGGGAUGCAAGGACCGCAAAUUCAACAUCAUAACGGAAUGGCAAACGUUAACUUAAGUCAGCAGCCAGCGUAUAUGCAGCCGACAUUAGGAUUACAACCAAAUCAAGAGGUCGACAGUCAGCAGCAACAUUAACAUGUUUGACUAGCAUAAUAAAAACUAUAGAUUUCUUAUUAAUACUGAAAUUGCUAUUUAUUUGGGGACAUGUUACAUUUUCAUUUAACUUUUUACUAUUUUGUUUUUACUUAUAUUCAUACAUGUACCUUAAUAUUUCAUGCAUACUAUUUUUUAACAAUGUUUAAUGUAACAAAAAAAUAAUAUCAACAGUUAAUUAAAUAUAUUGUUAGUUGUAAUUAUGGCACGAAGAAAUAGUUCGUCAAACGUUCAGUUAUAUUUUUCACUGCUUUUUGGUCUUAAAUACAAAAUACGAACGAUGUACAAAAACGUUAAUUAGUUUUUUCGUCAAAACAUUUCCGUUGACAUUUGCUUUUUGAUAUUGUCUCCUUGUGUUUGACAUAUGUACAAGUAUUCUUAAUCAACUAAGAUAUUGACCAUGCAUUUUAAUAUCUGGUUGUCAUCCUUUUACGCAGCACAACUGCAUAUAUUGGUUUAUAUUCAAGCCUGUUUUUUUGCCGAAUUGUUAUGGAUUUUAAGGUUCGAGAGCUGGUAUGGUUGCAAUUAAAUACUCUGGCGAUUAAUAGACGGGCCAUAAAAAUAAACAACGCGGCAACAUAAAAUAGAAAUAGUUUGUUAACCACAUCAAAACUUGAUUCCUUUCAGAUAUUUCUAGAUUAUUACACAGUAUUUACGCUAUGAGUCCUUGUGUCAAUUCAAAACUUUCAUACCGGAUGAAGACUUUAGCAAAUGGAAGACGCCAUGUAAAGAUUUAUUUAUCUCAUAUUAAGCCUAUGAAAUUUAAAACAGACAAUGGAAUAAACAGUUGAAUGUAGACAUCUAAGUUAUUCAUUUUGCUUGCCUUUUAUUCGUUUUAGGUUUUACGUUCUGGAAUAUAUGUUUUGUAUUUCUAACGUUCCAAUAGUUCCUCAAGAAAUCACAUGAGGCUUUCUCCGACAAUCAUCAAAUAUGUAUUGUUUCUAGAAAGGACGUCAAAUAUAUAUUUUUUUCACGUGAGGGCAAAUUUUGCUCCUUCAUUGAAAUUGCAUGGGAUGCCAAUGUUGACUCGAUUAAGGCCAGUUAUUUUACCUGGGCAGAUUAAUGACUUAGGCAAAUCUGUUUUUGACGUAUUCUUUACUGAAUGUUUUGUAAAAAAAUAUGUCGUAAAAAGUAAUUCAUAACAGAUCUUUAUUAGCUGUGUAUUUUUCAAGUGUCAUUCAAAUGUGUCCUGAAAUUUAACUGCCUACAAAUGUUGACAAAGGUAACGCAUGGUAACAGGUCUUAUUCCGAUUAAAUGUUAAACCAAUUGGUAGAGGGUUUCCGUUCGACAGUGAAUACAAUCGCAGCUACAUCGGGUCAGAAUUGAACAAUAAAUCAGGUACUGGGUGUAGAGAAAGUUGCCCCAGCUUUGGCAAUUAACUCGGACGUUUUCAAUGAAUCUUAAAGGUGUCUGUAAAUCCAGUAUAUUUUUUAGUGGCAGUCUUAAUCAGCCGACCAUCUCCAACAUCCGCUCACUAACAUGUUUAACCCCGCAACAUUCUGUUUGUAUAUGCCUGACCCAAGUCAGGAGCCUGUAAUUCAGUGGUUGUCGUUUUUUGCUAUGUUACAUAUUUGUUUUUCGUUCAUUAUUUUAUACAUUAAUUAGGCCGUUAGUUUUCUCGUUUGUUUUACAUUUGUCAUUUCCGGGCCUUUUAUAGAUGACAAUGCGGUAUGGGAUUUGCUUAUUGUUGGAGGCCGUACAGUGACCUAUAGUUGUUAAUGUCUCUCUUGUGAAGAGUUGUCUCAUUGGCAUUCAUACCACGUCUUCUUGUUUUAUAUACAACUUGACUAGGUAAUAAGCACAUGUUUUAAAGCUUUACAUACACUUUUUUUUAACCUGUUUGAUAACGAAGUCAAACAAGAGCUAAACGAAGUUUUACCAUUUUCGAGAAAAACAAAACUGAUAUUUAUAAAGAGGAAAUCCGGAAAAGCCAGGAAUGUGUAAAUAAUGUUUUAAAUGCAUGUCGGUCUCAUUGGAACUUAUAGCACAUCUUCUUAUAUUUAUGUAACAUAAUGUUUGUAUCUUACUAUAAAAAAGCAGAAAAAGCACUUGCUCUGAAAAAAUAUGAAACAAGGUAUUUGUAUCAAUUUUAUAGACAAUUAAAAAAAAGGCUGCCGAGUAUUAUUUCGAAUGAGUUUGUUCAUUUUUGACUAUAACAUUUUGUCUUUUACAAGGGUUUAUAUGGUUCUUAAAAGAAUGAAUAAUCACAAUCAUAGUUUGAAUCGCACUCAUGUGGUGUAAAAUUAGUCAUGUAUGAAUCGUUAUCACGUCAACAUCUUUUCUCCAUAUAUAAUAUUUAUCU